UAUCUGGGUUUAGUUCAUAUUUAGCUGGACAGUUGCCCUGUGUGGUGUCUGUUACAAACUGAAAAUAUCAUCGUUUCUACAACUUGAGCAUCAUCUGAGCUGAACCGCAUGACCCGUUGCCCCAGUAACGGGAGGCGUUGCAUCAGCAACCGCAGCAUCAGCAGCAGCAUCAGUCACCCAGCGGCUCCUGUCAAGGUCGCCAGCGAGAGGCAUCAUGGGAAGCUGAGGAGGACACCAGAGAGAGAGAGAGAGGAAGGGAGGGGAGGGGGCCGCUCACAGUCAUCCCCUAGCGACCCUCAGCAACCCCCCUCCGCGCGUGCGCCAGCGUUUUUGUCAACUGAUCUGACCAACUAACCGAAUAACGGCUGCAACCAUAAUAGGACAUGGACGCCGCCUCGCCUCACGGGAUGCGGUGAUGAUGCACAAGAGUCACGGAUUUCGGCACGUAAACGCGGAGGGGCGGGGCCACAUCACGGCAUCGCAGCAUUCCAGUUUUUCAUAGGUUGAUGGAGUAGACGGGAUUUUCAUAUAUAAAAACAACUGCGUGCGGUACGUGCGGCUCCGCUCUCAGCUGGUGUAUAAGACGAGUUACAGGAGAAAAGGAGGAGGCACUGCCGCAAACACCGACUGCUGCAGCUCACCGAGGGUCUCCUUUGUCCUGGGAGUCACGACAGCUCUCAGCGCCGGCGGGCGGGGCCUGCGAAGCUUUUAACCACCACCUGAAGAUAUCAGCUCCUUUCUGCGGCUCCCAUUUGGAGUAACAAUCUACCCGGUGAUCAUCCAGCUUAAUUUCAGAAGAUGGAGGGACAGGAAAAGCAAGUCACAGGUUAUCUCCUGUUCUCCAUGGGCACCGCCGUCAUCGGCUCUCUGCAGUUUGGUUACAACACAGGAGUCAUCAAUGCUCCCGAGCAGAGACUGCGUUCCUUCUUCAACAACACCUGGGUGGAGCGCUAUGGUGUGCCCAUCAGCCCGGGGGUCUGCACCAUGGUCUGGAGCGUGGCGGUCGCCAUCUUUAGUGUGGGCGGUAUGGUGGGCUCCUUCAGUGUGGGUGUCAUGGCAAACCGAUUUGGCAGACGUCGCUCCAUGUUCCUGGUGAACUCUCUGGCGGUCAUCGGUGGCCUCCUCAUGGGCUUCUCCACCAUCUGCUCCUCCUAUGAGAUGGUGAUCGCCGGCCGCCUGGUCAUCGGCCUCUUCUGCGGUCUCUUUACCGGCCUGACUCCCAUGUAUGUGGGUGAGGUGUCACCCACUCCCCUCAGAGGAGCUUUCGGCACACUGCACCAGCUCGGUGUGGUGGUGGGCAUCCUGAUCGCUCAGGUCUUUGGUCUGGAGGCUCUGCUGGGCUCUGACAAGCUGUGGCCCCUGCUGUUGGCCCUCACUGUGGCCCCUGCUGUGCUGCAGUGCAUCCUGCUGCCCUUCUGUCCCGAGAGCCCCCGCUUCCUGCUCAUCAACCUCAAAAAGGAGGAACAGGCACGCAAAGCGCUGGUGCGUCUGCGCGGCAGUGAGGACGUGAGUAAAGACCUGCAGGAGAUGAAGGAGGAGAGCGCCAAGAUGGCCAUGGAGAAGAAGGUGACCAUCCUUGAGCUCUUCCGCUCGUCGGCGUAUCGACAGCCCCUUCUCAUCGCCGUCAUGCUGCAGCUCUCCCAACAGCUGUCAGGGAUCAAUGCUGUGUUCUACUACUCCACAGGGAUCUUUGACUCGGCCGGUGUGAAGCAGCCCAUCUACGCCACCAUCGGAGCCGGCAUCGUCAACACCAUCUUCACCAUUGUUUCUCUCUUCCUGGUGGAGAAGGCAGGACGAAGGUCUCUGCACCUCCUGGGAUUGGGAGGGAUGGCGAUCAGCGCUGUGCUCAUGACCGUCUCCCUCCUGCUGAAGCACAUUCCUGCUAUGAGCAUUGUGGCCAUCAUGGCUGUCAUGAUGUUUGUUGCCAUGUUUGAACUGGGACCAGGUCCAAUCCCGUGGUUCAUUGUGGCCGAGCUGUUCUCCCAGGGGCCCCGCCCGGCGGCCAUGGCUGUGGCCGGCUGCUGCAAUUGGACGGCCAACUUCCUCGUUGGAAUAAGCUUCCCCAAACUAGAGGAGCUGUGCGGGCCGUGGGUCUUCCUCAUCUUCACCGCCUUCCUCAUCAUCUUUUUCAUCUUCACCUUCAUUAAAGUCCCGGAGACAAAGGGCAAGACCUUCGAUGAGAUCGCCCGCAGCUUCGGCGGCGCCCAGCCUCCCACUUCCUCGUCCAUGGAGGACCCUCCCGCCAGCGCCAGCGCCGCCACAACAGUUCCCGCCUCUCCGGUGAAGGAGAAAGUCCCGCUGGUGGAGGGGCCGACAGUGACCCCGCCCCCCGUUGCUGAAAGCACACCUCUGGAGGAGAAAUCAAAGCCGGCGGCACAGGAGAGCGUGUAGGAUGUAGUUUUAAUGGGUGAAGGAGGUUAUAAAUGAAGGAAGAUUUCAAAACGCUGUAAAUUGUUCAUUAUCACACCUCGGGAACACUAGAAACUACAGUACAAAACUUUCUGAUAGAUCUACUGACAGCAUUAUCAAUUUAUAGGCUUCUACCUUUUAAAAAGUCAUGCUCUCUGCUUUCACUCCUUGGACUUUUCUUCUUAUUCCUUCUUUUAAAUCCUCCCUCCUUAACUGUGAAAGGGAAGCAGUCAAAUGUACAACACCACAGGUUCAAUCUACGGUACAUUCCUAGGAAUUCAGCCACACUCAUUAGAAAGGGUGAGUCUUUCUCGAGACAGCUGUGUGUCUAGUCGGGACGACACACUUUUCCAGCACAGCACCACCGGCCGUGUUCAUGGAAACUGGUACUAACAGGUGUGAGGUAGACGUCCAGGUGUAAUGUCCUUCAUUACAGACUAGAGGCAAAGUGUGUUGAUAACGACGCAGCCUUUGUGCUGGUGUUUCCAGACACGUCGAGCGAUGAUGAUGCACAGUUUUGUUUUUUAAUUCACGUAUUCCUGUGUUUAAAGUUCCCACAGGUGUUAUAGUGGAUAUUGUAGUGCAAUAUAACUUUGUAGCUGUAGUUUCAUCUAGUAAUAUGUGAUUAUGUUGGAUCUGUUCAUUCCUGUCAUGUUUUAGGAAGUUUUCUCAAAUCACAGGUCAAAGAAGGGAUUUUUUUUUUUUUAAUUCAUGUUCUGCCUUUUAGCUGUUGAUUAUGAGCGGACUAAUCAGAGAGCGUUUGAGAAAUGCCAAAGUACUGAACUUUGAUUAGCACCCAGAGAACAGAUGUGACCUCACAUCUGUUUCUUCUGGUUGUUGAAUUCAUCGUGUAGGAUUAGCAGCAGCCGCAAGCCAUGCCUACUUUAUUAGUUUGUUAGCUCUGAAAGCCAGUUUGGUGGUUAAAUCUGUAAUUCACAAGUAUUUAACUUUAUUUAGUUGGAUCACUCGUGUUGACAACCGCUGAUCGUGGUGUUGUUCUCCUUUUCCUUGGAUUCUCAGUGGAAGUUGGUGUAGAGUUCUGUAUUUUAUUCCAAAAAAACAAAAUUUCCUCUUCACCCAGAGGAAAAAGUGGCAAAAUCAUGACGUUGGCUAUAAUUAAUUUUAGACUUGCUAAUGACUGUGGCAUGUAGUCAAAAACACUAGCCGCAUUUCCAUUAACCUGCUUAAUGCGCAAUUUGAGAUUGCAAACUAAAAGACAAGUCAUGAAAACGUGAAUUUAAAAAAAAACCUUGUAAAAAAUUUAUACAGUCACAUGAAGUGGUUUUUUUAGACUAAAUAGAAACACUUUUUCUGCAUUUAGGUCACUGUAGAUGACGUGAGUAGUCACAUGACAUCCAACAACAUCGCAGACUAUUAUCUCCCAAAUAUCCCAGAUAUAAGGGGUUUGCCUUUCCGUCAUUGCGUGCACCAGAUGCCCUUGUCGCCUUCGAUUAAAUACUACAAUCAUCCCAACAAUUAGCAGAUGCUGGAAAUCCGUCAUCGUGUUUAAUUGGAACGAUAUCACAGGAGAAAACUCAGCUUCAUUCACAUAACAUCUCUCAGUGGAAACAUAGACGAUUUGCAAUUGUUUUGCUUCUCUAUUUUGCGCAAAACUGUGAUGGAAACGCGGCUGCUGUUGGCUUGAGUUGUUUUACACUUGUAGAUCACAGUAGGGUAACGUGCAAUGUAUAUUUUUUUGUUGAAGAGAAAACUAUGAGUAUUUAUUUACCUUAGAAAUUGAUUUUUGUAUGAAGUAUAUAUAAUAAACUAAAGUUAACUUAGAAUCAUGAUGCUUUCCAGACUAGCCUCGAGGUAUGAAAAGUUGAAGGAGUCUGCAGUGAGCUUCGCCUGCAGUGGCGGAGUCAAACCUACAUUACUUGAACUGCAGCUCAGAGAUUUAGAUGAAGCGGCAGAGAGAGUCUCACACUGUAAAUCUCAUUUGUUACUCUCUACUUAGACGCACUUUGAUAAUUAGAUGAGCAGCAAAACGAGCAUUAAAGCCACAAUCACUGAUGUAGAAGUCAUCUUGCACAACAGCGCUUUAUAUCAAAUUAACUUUCAAAUAAUAAUUCAAAACUGUAUUCACCUGAGCUAUCGCUUUUAUCUGGCCAAGCUGAUAUUAGAAUAGAUAAGAGUUGUAUCAAAUGUGCAAUCAAGGUAGAAUCUUCAGCGUAAACAAUGUAGGAGUUCAUAAUGGGCAGAGAAGUGCUAAUACUGUAUAAACAACAGGUAAACAACAUUUUAGCAGGGGAGCAGGUGUCUUCAAUGGUUCCUGUUUGGUUAAAAUAACUAAUCAGGUUCAUUAAUUAUUUUUUCAAAAAUGUCAAAACUGUCUGCUCUGACUACUCAAUUGUGCUGAUCUCUAUGAAAAUCAGAGAAUAUUAUUUGGAAUCUAUGUACUAUGAGUUUCACAUGUGAGUGUCGCUCCAAAUGUAUGACUACUCUGACUGACUGAGCAACACUACAGUGCGGAGCUUAAGAAUGCUAGCUGUUCUGUCCAUGUUUUUCGGGGCUGAAGCCCAGUGAAAAAGACAAAACCUUACAAUAUAAGAUGCUUAUAUGAAUAUGAAACCUGGCAUUCCUGCUAACAAAUAAAUGCUAUGUUAUGUAGCCAGUUGUCCUAGCUAUAGAUUAGUUAUACCUGUUUAGCUAGCUAGCCAGUAUCUAUGUAUCAUCUGACAUUCUGGGUGGUCAAGAGUGAAAGAAAACAUUUAAAAUAUUUUUCUUUCAUUCUUUGUCAAGACUUCCUUGUUUAUUUCUUAUCUGAUGGCUAAGCUGGCAAUCUUAUUCUUCAAAAAGUGUGGUUCUUUCAAUGGCUCACAAAGGGAUCACUUUGAGAACAGAGGUUACAAAUAAGUAACCACUAGGUUAUUAAUUCCACCCAAUGAAUUAUAGAGCUUAUUAUUUUAUGUAACGAAAAUUGAUUAUUGCCUCUACAGAUCUGAGCUGACAAGUCAAAGUUAAUCAUUUUUCCUGACAAUGUGGACGUACAGUAAAUUAUACCAUUUUGGGACAACUCUCAGAUACAUGUGUUGUUGCAUGUGUUUCAGAAUGACAUGUUGUUUUGACCCAACACAAAGAAUGUGUUCGAACACUUUUAAAGAAAUCUGUUGUAUGACUUGUAAAGCCUAAACACACUGAAUGUGACUUGUGGCACGCCAUUACAGUGAGUAACAUAUGUGUAUUAUUGCAUAGCCUCCUAAAUAGUCAGCUUUAAAUCCUGCCAAUUCCAUGCACCACUAGUUCCUAAAUAAUAAAAUCUAAAAUGGUGCUGUAAACCGUAUAUUCUAACAUGGAAACGCAUAUUUACAUGAUGAUAAAAUUAACAAUGUUUCCUUCUUCAUACACCACAAAAACAUCAUUGUUUUUGUGUUUGUCGGUGCUCUGACAAACCGACCGUUUCCAUUGUGUUUCUGGCUUUAUCUGUCAGGUCCAGACGCCGUCCACGUCGUGCCGCUUUGUCUGAAAAAGUCAGCCAUUUGUAGCAUUGUACCUUUACAGAUUUAUGUAUUACCAACAUUGUAUAGUAUGUGUGGUGUAUAAAUGUAUGACACAAAGUAUAUUUUCUAUAUUCUGUCGUGAUCUUGUGAAUUCUUGUAGUUGGAAAAAGCUAUUUUCACCCAUGCUGCACUUGAAGAACAUAUUUAUUUAUUUAUGUAUUAUUGAUCCUUUGGCUUGACUAGAAAAAAUAUUUAUCUUGACAAGUAACAUGAAACAUGAAAAUACGACCCUUUCUGACAUUUUUCACUUGCUUUGGGAACUACAAGCCUGUAAGCCUGAUGUGAUGUGGGAGGUCUUGUUAAGAUGCAUAUUUGGUCGAUUAUGGUCGGAGUCAUGGCUUCGUUGUGUAUUGCUGUAUUUGAUAGUGAUGUACUGUGUUUGCACUGAAGGAGGCGUGUGGUGCACUCCCCUCAUGGUAGUGUUUGGUGUUGUAUUCGACCUCUCCUGUAACGGUCCAGCUUCUGUCUGUGGCUACACCCACACUGCUCCUUCAAUAUGGCACUAACACUGAACUUUGCCCAAACUCAGUCUAAUAUGGAUACAAAUACCUCCAAGAUUCAUGCUCAUCACUGUCCCUUUUGACAGAGGAUAAAAGUGAAAAAAUAAAUUGAGAAUUGUGUUGAAAGUAGAGUAUGAAGUGCUUAAAACAUUUGACAGGAAGCCUAAAUGUUCCUUUUGAUGAUGAAUUUUGGUGCAGGCCUGUGGCCGAUGCUGGGGUGUGGUCUAACCUACAACUUGUUUUCUUUGGUUCAAACCAUUGUGGAGAAAAUAAUGCGAUUUGUUGGAAGGUAAAUCAGCUUUACAGUAGAAUCAGGGAUUGCAAAUUGAACUAAUACACUCACCUGCAGCUUUGUUGUAUGCUACAAUAGAGAUUUGGUAAUGUGUCAAACAGAUAAGAUAUUUUUGCAGUUUGGACAAGUUGAAACAAUCAGAAAAAUCCCAAAUUUUUUCGUUGUGUUUUACUGAACUAAUAAAGUAAAUAAUCCAGAGUUCAGGCAAAUUAUUUGAUGUGACUGCAGCCUAAGAGACAUCUGUCUGACUGCAGCACGUCACAAAAUAUGUGAAAGGAUGUGAAACAAAUAUAUGGACCCAGGUGCACACUGCUCUUAACCAUAGCCGCCUACUUUAUGCACAUGUACCGACUCAAAACCGUCCCCUCACUGUACAGUGAUAGGAGACUAUAAGUAUUCAUUUGUAAAUAUCUAUUUUUUAAAAGAGCACUAUUUCUAUGUUGACUUGCACGGUCAUAGGUCGUGUUUGGUUUAUUUUUUCUUUUGGGGUGCACACAUUGAUUGUGUAGACAAGAGGAAUAGACUGUGUUCCGCUACUGUCCUUCCUCUCAUGUCUUCCUCAUAAAUCACAGCCAUGUAUUAUUAUUUUUUGUCUGUUUGCCUGAUCAGAUUACACUCAGAGCUGUUUGUGGUUGAGUUUUGUAACGGUUUUUGGCAGCCAUAUUAUUGUUCUUUUCUGAAUUCUUUGUCUUUAAUAAUGUUGCCAUAGCGACUGCUGCCAACAUUCUAAAACUCAGUUGCUUUUGAGUCAUGUUACCUAGCAACAGUCAGGGAGUAAAAUUCCAAACUUAUAUUUUUACAAGCUAAUUUUUAACACAACAGCAGUCGAUGUUUUCACCUUCAACUCAACAGAGAAUUCAAAUAUAAAUCUACGACUAAAAACAGCACCUUCUAAAACUGAAUUUGUGCUGCUGAUGAAAUCUGCAAAAUGUCCAAACCAGUGUAUAUGAAACCAGUGGCUCUGAAAUUAAUCAUAUAGUGUCACAGACUCUAAUGUAACUGGAAGAAAAAUGUCUCUUCAGCAUGCUGUAGCUGCUGUGAUCCUUGUUUUGUCUGUGUUUCUAUGGGUUGUUUGGUCCUAACCUGUGUCUUAUUGCUGUGUAAAUAAAUGUACUGACUGUAUGUUUGGGUAUCACGUACUGUAAGUCUGCUGUUUGUGCCUCUCUGCACCUCACACAUACAUAUACUGUUAUUCAAUAUGUGUGUGUUUGUGAGAAAGUUUCCUUUUGCCUCUGUAGAUGAGAUGAAGUCUCUGAAAACACUCCCUCAAUCACUCAUUCAUUCAAAAUUCCUUUUUACAGUAACACAUUGUAGGAUUUAAAACCUAAAGUGACAUAAAACAAUGUGUACAUUUUACAUGUAGGAUUUGGACACUCGGAUUAAACGGCAGAUAGUGAAUGUAGUGCAGUGAAGAGUGCUUUCAGACACAUACAACCAUCAUUUAUAUGCUUUUCUAUGUGGCAGCCAAAAACUAAGAUAAGCCUGAGUCAGCUGGUAUUUAUGUGAUGUUUUGGCAUUUUGAAGGUACUGUUGAUCAGUUUGGGGUGAUUAACUGUAACUAUGACUUCUGUAAUGUGAGGGAAACCAUUGAACACAUGACUUCAAGGGAAAAUAUUCAGGCUUUUCAACAUGGUCUUGUCAAUGUGCUAGACCAGUGAUGCACCCCGACUGUUUUUGUUUCACUUGUGUUUGUACUGUACAUACCAGAUAUGAUGUUGUUAAAUAAAAUAUUCAUCAUGUAACAAGAA